AUGAGCACUGUCGAGCCUCAGGACUUUUUUUGGGGCCCUCCAACUUCGAAGGCCAACUUCUGCGAAACCGACUACGCUGUGAGCAGGUAUAUCGCUGAAUUUAUUAAUAGCUUGACAAAUGUUGUCUAUAUAAUCUACGGCAUCUAUGGGCUGCGCCAGCUGCGGCGGAAACCGAGGAAAUAUGCUACCGAUGCUUUACGCGCCGUACCCUACUGGGGCUUGAUAGCGGUUGGUCUGUGCUCGUUUGCGUUUCAUCUUAGCUUGAAGUACCAUACCCAAAUGAGUAUCAAUUCUAAUCGCCGCGACUCCAUUGUGAUGGCUAUGGUACUGGGCUCUUUGUUACUGAUUCUACUGAUAUUUCAUAUGAGUACUGAUGAGCUCAUUCUCCACUCCGUGUCCUUUGUGGGCACGGUCACCGCAAUUGGGAUCUAUACUAUACGACUCAUCAACAGCCGGACGCGGCCGGGCUCGGCUGCCCGGCAACAGAUCUGGGGGGUUGUAAGGUUUGGAGCAGCGAUUUUCAACCUUGGGUAUUGGCUUUGGCUGCUGGAUCAGUGGGCCUGCGGAUUCUUGACAAAAGCCCGAGAAGCGAUUUCCUUCUCCGGCGAGGAUUUGAGGCACCCCCAGCAGUUAUUUGCCUGGCCGGCUUCCUGGGCGGCGACAUCGAUUUUUGCAGGACGAGGACCAAGCAAGAACAAGGCCGCAAGCGACCGCCAACUGUGA